AUGUCGCAACGACAACUCGCACGAGAUAUGCAGACUGAGUUCCAGGCGAGGUUCAACGCCAAACAAGCCCGCCGCGAAGCCGCCAAGGCAGCAAAAGCAGACAGCGACCUCAAGAAGCAGAUCCAGACUCUUCUGAAGAAGGGCGAGACACAACAAGCCUACCAAAAGGCCCGCAUGCUCCUCGCCAAGCAGGCCAUCGCCCAGCAGAUGGACCAGGCCGCCGACAUGGCCGAGCUAUCAGUCGCGCAGAUACAGGCCAACAAUGCCAUGAACCGGAUGACGGCCAUGAUGGCACAGUCGUCGCGGACGAUGAACCGGGCGCAGAAGAACAUGAACCCGGAAAAGACCCUCGUGACCCUUGAGCAGUUCAAGAACCAGAACGAGGAGUACGCCAUGUCCAACGGCAUCUACCAGGACGCCAUGACGCAGUCGACGUCCGUCCAGGUCUCCGAGGACGCCGUGCACGAGCUGCUGGGCAAGCUGGCCGACGACGCGGGCGUCGAGCUGUCGCAGGAGCUCGCGUCCGCCUCGGCGUCCAAGGAGGAGCCCGUCAAGGAGACCGCCGCCACCGAGCCGACGCCCGAGCAGGAGGACGCGCUGCAGCAGCGGCUGCGGGCGCUGAGGGCUUAG